AUGGUCAUGUUUGCCUCAACGCUCACUGUUCCUCUGUUUGCUCAAGGAGUUCACAGACUGGGUCUGGGCUCGGCUCUAGACCCAGUCCCUGUUCCAGGCCCAGACCCGGCUCCAGACCCUGCUCCAGACCCGGCUCCAGACCCUGCUUCAGACCCGGCUCCAGACCCUGCUCCAGACCCGGCUCCAGGCCCUGCUCCAGACCCGGCUCCAGACCCUGCUCCAGACCCGGCUCCAGACCCGGCUCCAGACCCGGCUCCAGACCCGGCUCCAGACCCGGCUCCAGACCCGGCUCCAGACCCGGCUCCAGACCCGGCUCCAGACCCGGCUUCAGACCCGGCUCCAGGCAGGGGCAAAUAA